CGAGAGAAUCAGUUGGUCGGCGGUUCGUAACAGCGCACGUUACGUUUUUAACGGACGAGCGGAUUAACGUCGGUAUCGACAAGUUUAUCACCCAACCCAAAAGCAAAAGCAAAACCAAUUGUCAAUCGAAACGAUAGCGCGGCGUAUUUGCCAAUCGAAGUGAUAUCUUUGGGCUGUGGUUAAUGUUUUUAAUGCUUUCUGGCUACCCUGCAAUGCCGUCGGCUUUUGCUCCCUGUGAACUUUCGAGCUGAAGUCCUAAGCCCUCAAACUGAUGUCCACCUUGGCCAGCAGUCGACCGCCCCCGCUCAAGCUGACUAUUCCCUCCUUGGAGGAGGCUGAGGACCACACGCAGGAGAGGAGAGCGGGCGGAGGUGGCCAGGAAGUGGCUAAAAUGCAUCCGGAUUGCUUGCCCUUGCCGCUUGUCCAGCCGGGCAACUCGCCGCAAGUGCGGGAGGAUGAGGAGGACGAGCAGACGGAGUGCGAGGAGCAGCUGAACAUCGAGGAUGAGGAGGCCGAGGAGGAGCACGAUCUGGACCUGGAGGAUCCAGCCAGCUGCUGCAGUGAGAACAGUGUGUUGAGUGUGGGCCAGGAGCAAUCGGAGGCGGCACAGGCGGCGCUAUCCGCUCAAGCUCAGGCCCGGCAGAGGCUUUUGAUCAGCCAAAUCUACCGACCGUCGGCAUUCAGCAGCACCGCCACCACUGUUUUGCCGCCCAGCGAAGGUCCGCCCUUAUCGCCUGAGGAUCUCCUGCAAUUGCCUCCGUCCACGGGAACCUUCCAGGAGGAGUUCCUGCGGAAGUCCCAGCUGUACGCCGAGGAGCUGAUGAAGCAGCAGAUGCAUCUAAUGGCCGCCGCCAGGGUGAACGCGCUCACGGCAGCGGCGGCGGGAAAACAGCUGCAAAUGGCAAUGGCGGCGGCUGCUGUGGCCACAGUGCCCAGCGGUCAGGAUGCACUGGCUCAGCUGACGGCCACGGCAUUGGGCCUGGGACCAGGUGGAGCCCCGCAUCCCCAUCAGCAAUUGCUACUGCAAAGGGACCAGGUCCAUCACCAUCAUCACUUGCAGAAUCACCUGAAUAACAAUGAAAAUCUGCACGAAAGGGCACUCAAAUUCAGCAUAGACAAUAUCCUGAAGGCGGACUUUGGUUCCCGAUUGCCCAAGAUUGGCGCUUUAAGUGGCAACAUCGGAGGUGGCAGUGUGAGUGGCAGCAGUACUGGCAGCAGUAAAAAUUCUGCGACUACCAAUGGCAACAGAUCUCCCCUCAAGGCGCCCAAGAAGUCCGGGAAACCACUGAAUCUGGCUCAAAGUAAUGCCGCCGCCAACUCGAGCCUAAGCUUCUCCAGCUCGCUGGCGAAUAUCUGCAGCAACAGCAACGAUUCCAAUAGCACCGCCACCAGCAGCAGCACCACCAACACCUCGGGGGCACCGGUGGAUCUGGUCAAGUCGCCACCUCCAGCGGCAGGUGCGGGAGCCACAGGAGCAUCCGGCAAAUCCGGCGAGGAUUCGGGCACUCCCAUCGUUUGGCCAGCGUGGGUGUACUGCACCCGCUACAGCGAUCGCCCCAGCUCAGGUCGAAGUCCACGAGCGCGAAAGCCCAAGAAGCCGGCGACGUCCAGUUCGGCGGCAGGUGGCGGGGGCGGUGGCGGAGGCGUCGAGAAGGGGGAGGCCGCCGAUGGGGGCGGGGUGCCGGAGGACAAAAGGCCGCGAACGGCCUUCAGCGGAACGCAGUUGGCCAGACUGAAGCACGAGUUCAACGAGAAUCGCUAUCUGACGGAGAAGCGGCGCCAGCAGCUGAGCGGGGAACUGGGCCUGAACGAGGCCCAGAUCAAGAUCUGGUUCCAGAACAAGCGGGCCAAGCUGAAAAAGUCGAGCGGCACCAAGAAUCCGCUGGCGCUGCAGCUGAUGGCCCAGGGAUUGUACAACCACUCGACGAUACCGCUGACCCGCGAGGAGGAGGAGCUGCAGGAGCUGCAGGAGGCGGCCAGUGCCGCUGCCGCUGCCGCCAAGGAGCCCUGCUAGAAGUGGGCGUGGCAAUGCGUCCGGCAAUAUCUACGAUCUAGUAUUUAUGGAGUGUAGCGUGUAAGCUAGGCUAAGAAGUUCGGAGCGAUUAAGUUGUAUCAUAUUCUAGUCCGCCGCACACGCAGUCAAACAGCUGAGCGCAGAAUCGGCGGAAGAAAUCUUCCGAAGAAUUGGUAGCUGGAGAGGGAAAUCCCACGAGGAAACGAGCAGAGGCUGCGUGUGCGUUUUGUAUAAUACAUUCAUAAAUUCACAACUAAAUAAUUUAAUAAACAUUUAAAUUAUACACGCCGUGUUGUUGCUGUCGUUAUCAAAGAAUUUUGCAUAAUUUUAAUGUGAUUGCCAUAUCUGUUUAUGGGCCGCAGCCAAUCGCACAGUCGCCCAACUGGCCAAUUGGCCAAGUGGGUGGUCGCCAUAUACAUACAUAUAUGGUAGAUAUAGCUAUAUAGAUAAUCGAUCGCAUUUCCAUUUGCCGUGGGCGUCGGCAUUAAUUACUCAAUUAGCAAUGCGCGGAUCAAAAGAUUGGGCACCGGCCGCAGCAAUUGCUGGAAUUACAUUCGAAUUGAAUUCAUUAUGCAAAUUGAAUUUGAAAACUGCUAUCUGCGAGCAUAAUCACGCCUAAUAAACGGCGUCUCGUCUCGAUGCCAAACAUUAGCCACAUAUAUUAUUAAAUUCCCUCCUUCGUCGCUUUGUUUUCGACCCCCUCCGCUCCUCUGCGCACCUUCGUCUAAUUUAGCCAUUAAAUUUGCAUACAGUCGUCAAAUCCAGGUGUGUGUGCGAGUGUGUGUGAGUGUGUGCGAGUGUGUGAGUCUGCCAACGGCACAAAUUGACACCUUGACGGCCAAAACGGCGCCCGCCGAGCUUUACCUUUGUUUUUGCUGUUGCUGUUGCUUUUGGCCAAACUGAAGUGCAGCGUCAACAUCGCGUAGGUGUUAAAUGUGUCUGUCAUUGCAGGCGGCACGGGUUAAGGCGGCGGGGGGUGGAGAUGGGCGGCGGUACAGUGGAUCGCAGACACGUAACACCUGCAGAAGUUCGAGGGGCCAAAACAAAGUGGACGACAACAAUAAACAACUGAAGGUAAUGUCUAAAUACAGAAAAAAUGGAUUGGGAAUGGCUAUCAAUUGGGUUGUAAAUCACGCUUUUUAAUUAACAAUAAAAUAUUAUUUAAUAUUUAAUAUCCCAAAUAAGCAAUUUAAAUUAUGUUCCAAUAUUAAAUGAUUUAAAUCGUAUUCAUUCAAUAAAAAAGCACUUUAAGAGUAGACUAUAA